AUGAAGUUCCUCGCUGCCCUGUCUCUCGUCCUGCCGCUGGCAUCCGCCGCGGCAGUGGCUCCUCUCGAGAAGAAGAUCACCUAUGAUGGCUUCAAGGCCUUCCGUAUCUCCACACACAACGACCCUGCGUCGAUCAAGAAGAAGAUUGCCAACAUUGCGGCGAUCCCAUUCAAUCUUGACAACAGCGAACACCUUGACGUCGCCAUUCCUGCUGGCGAUGUCUCCAAGUUCGAAGAGCUUGGGCUCGAGACGUCCAUCCUUCAUGAGGAUCUUGGUGCUGACAUCGCCGAAGAGGGCACCUUUGCUCCCUACAAGAGCAACGACGAUAUCUCUCUUCAGGCUCUCCCUAGUCUGACUUGGUUUGACUCGUACCACACUUUCGCCGACCACCAGCAGUUUAUCCGCGACCUGCAAUCCAACUUCCCAUCUAACUCCGAGUUGAUCAACGCGGGUAACUCUUACGGCGGACGUUCCCUCCUCGGUAUUCACCUGUGGGGUAGCGGUGGCAAAGGCUCCAAGCCUGCCAUCUACUGGCACGGCACCGUCCACGCUCGCGAGUGGAUCACCACCAUGGUUGUCGAAUACCUCACCUACCAGCUCAUUGAUGGCUACCAGAAGAAUGAUGCCGCUGUCAAGGCUUUGCUUGACAAGUACGACUUUUACAUUCUGCCCAUUGUCAACCCUGAUGAACUGACGCUCGAUAGCAACUGGCCUUUCAACUGGCAACUCCCUGGCGGCGCCUCCACUAACUACUGCUCCGAGACCUACAAGGGCCAGGCCGCCGGCGACACCCCCGAAAUGGUCGCCCUGAAGGCUUACACCGACCGCCUCGCCGCUGGCAACGGGAUCAAGCUGUUCAUCGACUGGCACAGCUACGGCCAGUACAUUCUCCUGCCCUACGGCUACGACUGCUCCGCCCGAGCCUCCAACCAUGCCCGCCAGAUGACUCUCGCAACAAGCACUGCCAAUACCAUUGCCCAGGCCUACGGCACUCGCUUCACCUACGGACCCAGCUGCUCUACUCUGUAUGCCACCACCGGUAGCGCUCCGGACUACCUGACCGGCGCUGCUGGUGCUGAGGUCGCUUGGACUAUCGAGUUGAGGCCCUCCGGGUCUGCUGGUGGUGGCUUUGUUUUACCUGCCGCUCAAAUCCUUCCUAGUGCGAUUGAGCAGUGGAACGGUAUGAAGUACUUGCUCGCAAACGUAUAG